CACUAAAGUCGAACCUGAAAGUCAAUUUUGAGACUAUACGGACCCUCCUUCCGUCCAAAACGAAUGUGCCCGCUCCUACCUGUGCUCGAUCGAUUGUUGUAACUCUCAAGGCCCGUCGAUCCCAAUUUCAACCUCCGUUGGUUGACGACCCACUGAUUGUAACAUACUGUAAACUAUUAUUGGCAGUCUCUUUACGGGACUUCGUUUUUCAAGCUUCUAGCUAGCCAUGAGCUUCCUCGUGCCAACGCAACGAGGCCUUGAACAUGUAACCCAGCCCAUGGGCGACUUCUCUUCCAUACAUAACCAGCCAAAUAGAUCCCAUCUACCCCUUUCCUCCUUGGAAGGGUAUCCUCAUCAGGGCAUGUCCGCCCUCCCAACUUCAACACCCUUUCCACCUUUUACCGACAAUUCAAUGUCUCAAUCUUUGCCAAAGGUUGGCGAGACCAGAUGCUACUGGUCCUUAUUAUCGUCUGAAUUGGAUUUCGUCUAUCUGGAUCCCGUUCUUGCCAACCAUCUCGAAACCCAGGCCGACUCGCUCAUUGGCAAGUCCCUCCUAUCCUUUGUUCACCCCGAAGAGCAGGCUACUGCGCGAGCAGAUCUCGCAGAAGCUCUGGAACAAAGGACGAUGCACGGUAGUGUUACCAGGGUCAGGUUUUGCCGUCUCUCUCGCGUCCGUCGUAUCCUCGGUCACCAAGGGCCUACUCAACCGUGGCCGGAUGGUGACAAGGUUUCCGUGGAUGCCUACUACAUGGUCGUCGACAUCGUCAUUAACUGGGCUGCAGAGGGCCUCGUGUUAUGCUUUAUCCAUGCAGUCGUCGAUCUUGAACCUGGUGACAAUGAUGAACAUCAUAGGACUCCAUGGUCAAAUUGGUGUGGCACACCAUGCAUGCACCCAGAACAGAUAACACUGUUGCAGCAGCGGCUUCUAUAUUACUUCCCUCAAUCAACCGCUACGACUAGGGUUUUCCAAAUCUUGUUCAACUCCAAUUACAGCCAGCAGGACUGUCGUCUUCUGUUGAGCUGGCCAUCAGACAGCAGCCAAGAAUAUCCCGGCAUGCCAGGAGCAAAAGACUUUGCCAGGCGAGCGGUGGGAAUUCAGACAUCCACUCGGGAUAACAGCGCCAAGACGAGCUGCACGAGACGUUGGAGAAUCCAAGAUACAAUGCCUGGAAUAGGCGAAGUAGAAAGCGUGUUCAUCCCUCAUGGUUCAAUAACGUUUGCAUGCCACACCAUCCAACAGCCUGCUUCGCGGAGCUUGUCUGCCUCUUAUUCUCAGUCUCAGCCGUUCACGAGGUCGACAGACCCCUACAUGCCUACACACAGCCAACAUCACCCCUAUGACCUGUCGGCAAGCCCGUAUACACUCCCGCCUGUGUCUACCUCAAUGCCACAAUCUUACGGACACUACACGCAGUCUUUGACGUCCCAGUACUCUCACACGCCCUGGGGGAGUUAUCCGGAACCUUCUUCUUCGCUUUCCCAGUUUAACAGGUGGCCUGCUCAAAGCCCUGCACAUUCGAUGGCAUCCCUCCCAUCGUCUUCAUGCACCUUGCGCGAGUCGCCUUACUCGAGACCAUCAACGUCUCCAAUUUAUGGCGAGAACAGAGCGUCUUUAAGUAAUUAUCAAGCUACACCUAGUCCUGAGGACUACAGUACCAAGACCGCCUUCGAGGCCUUCGAGUCCAGUGUACCGCCGCCGCCGCCCUGUGGUACAGACAUUGUACCUCCUCCAAGGCACCGAGUGAGCCCCGGAACACAUAAGGACACGCUGCCACGUAGCACCAACAAUCGCCCUCUCGGUGUUCUCAAAUGCAGUAGUUGCAAGGCAACGUCUAGCCCUGAAUGGAGGAAGGGCCCCAGUGGCAGGAAGGAACUCUGUAACGCAUGUGGCUUACGCUACGCCCGUUCUCGUGCUAAGAAGGAAGGACACGUGGUGUCGACACAGCGUCGGAAGAAAGACAAGACCGGAGCCGUUACGGCUAAUGAGGAGUCUGCGGUGCCGUCUACUCCUCCAAUACCUAUUGCCGGCAUGCCUUCGACAACUCGUCGCGGUGCUCCUGAAGGGAGCACAUUUGCUUCCCCAUCAUCUGUUGGCUCUGGAUCUGGUAGUGAACCUUACUCUCAACCAAGCCCUGUAGCACCAGAAGAUAACCGACCUUCACCAUCACCUCCGCUGCCUGGUCUCAAUUUCGUUCACUACCACCCUUCUCAGUCCUCCUCUGGACCGUCGCAUCAUCAGCCACGAGUUGAUGGUCGUGCAUUCCCUUAUCACGCGUCCAGCCCUUUCCAACCCUCCCCAUCUCCGUUAUCUUCGGGUCAACUGACUCUCCGUCCACCACGAGGACAGGAUGAUGUGCCUGGCUCAUCGUCUCGCAGCGGGUCGUAUCACCCUUAUCCCUCUCCCCCAUCAAAUUCUACCCCUUUUGAACGGGCAAAAACGCAGGAUCGCCACCUGACUUCACUGCCUCCCUCACCGGAGCGUAGCAGAUUCCGGUGACCACGCCCUGUUAAAUGGAACGAUUUGAAGCUUACACGAGCGUUAUGCGACACCUUGGCCCUGUUUCUGUGAAAUGCUGUGACGUUUCAGUAUUUUUAUGUUUCCGGUUCAUUUCUUUCGGCCAAUGGUGCAAGCACACCUUCCUUGCCAAAAUAUUUAUUGAUGCAAUUCACCUGGUUGUUCCUUUCGGACUCACAUAGUGCAACCAACACAUGGAUACACGCCUUGUGUAGUUUUAUCGUAGUGGACAUGCUAAUUUGAAAUCAUAAGAUCAAGAGUUUGGUUGCGGUCGGACCAUCGAUUG